AUGUCCAAGAUGCUCCAGAUUUGCACCCACUCAGGCUCCUUCCACGCGGACGAGGCGCUCGCGGUUUACAUGCUCCGCCUGCUCCCCCAGUACAGAUACGCCAAGCUCGUUCGGUCGAGAAACCCAGCCGACUGGGACGCGUCCGAUAUCGUCGUGGACGUCAGCGGCAAGUACGACGGCGCCAAGUACUUCGACCACCACCAGAGAGAGUUUGCGUCGACGUUCAACGACAAGUACAGCACGAAGCUCUCCUCGGCCGGGUUGGUGUACAAGCACUUUGGCCGCGAGGUGAUUGCGACGGUGAUCUCGCUCGACGAGGCGGUUGCCGCCGACGCAGCGAAGAUCGACUACCUCUACGACAAGAUCUACGCAGACUUCAUCGAGGCCGUCGACGCCAACGACAACGGCAUCGACAUGUACGCCGAGAAGGACACGCUGACCCCGCGGUUCAAGGACCGCAACUUCUCCCUCGCCGGCAUGGUCUCCAACCUCAACCCGAGCUGGGAGUCCGACGCCACCGACCACGACUUCGACAGACAGUUCCAGCAGGCGUCCAAGCUCAUCGGCGACGCCUUCCUCAACUACCUCUCCUACAUGGGCCACUCCUUCCUCAAGGCCAAGCAGUACGUCGUCGACGCCUUUGCCGCCAGACACGCCCUCGACAAGAGCGGCCGCAUCCUCCUGCUCGACCGCUUUGUUCCCUGGAAGGAGCACCUCUUCCAGGUCGAGGCCGACAACGGCGCUGCCGGCGAGAUCCUCUUUGUGCUUUUCCCCGACAGCAGCAACUGCUGGCGCAUAGCCGCCGUCCCGCUCAACUCCGCCAGCUUCGACUCCCGCAAGAAGCUUCCCGAGCCCUGGAGAGGUCUCCGCGACGACGCCCUCAGCACCAUCACCGGCGUCCCCGGCUGCACCUUCAUCCACGCCGCCGGCUUCAUCGGCGGUGCCCAAACAAAGGACGCCGUACUCAAACUUGCCCAAAUGGCUCUUUGA